AUGGGAAAAAAGAUGUCCAUGUCAGGCAGCCAGCACUCUGGUAGAGUGCUUGCAUCUGUGCUCAUUGGAGAGACCGACCAGCAGUGGAGCCUUUCCUGGUUUGAUGACAGCAUCUCAGCUGCGAGCACGUCUGAUGUCCAGGACCGUCUUUCAGCCCUGGAGCUGAGAGUACAGCAACAAGAAGAUGAAAUCACUGUGCUAAAAGCAGCGUUGGCUGAUGUGCUAAGGCGUCUUGCUAUCUCUGAAGACCAUGUAGCUUCUGUGAGAAAAUCAGCACCAAGUAAAGGUAAGCCCAUACCAAGCCUCCGAGAAGCUAUCUCGAUGUCCUGUAUAACUAACGGGAGUACAGGAAGCAGGAAAACAAGCCACAGUUCCUCUGUUUCUGUUGCCAGAAAAGAAACUCUUUCAUCUGCUGCAAAAAGCGGUACAGAAAAAAAGAAGGAAAAACCUCCAGGACAGAAAGAAAAAAAAGAGGAAUCUCAUUCUAAUGAUCAAAGUCCACAAACUCAAGCAUCACCUUCUCCCCAGCCCUCCUCACAGACUCUCCAAACACACAGGCAAACUCAAGAAAGCAAGAGUUCUGCUCCAGCUAAAAGCAUAAAGAAAUCCUUGACUGCUGAAAAACCUCACAGUGCUUGGGAGAGUUCAGAUGACAGUCGUAACAAGCUGCUGAGAGUAGCAUCAACAUCUAAAUUAAUAUCAAAAGUGGCAAAGAAUGCAGACAAGCACAAAGAUGUCAUCGUCAGCCAAGCAAAAAUGUCAACUCGUGAAAAAAACAGCCAAGAGGGAGAAUAUAUCAAGAUGUUCAUGCGAGGUCGACCAAUCACAAUGUUCAUUCCUUCUGAUGUAGAAAACUAUGAUGAUAUUAGGACAGAGCUGCCUCCUGAAAAGUUAAAACUGGAGUGGGUAUAUGGGUAUCGUGGAAGAGACUGUCGAGCCAAUGUUUACCUCCUUCCUACCGGAGAAAUUGUAUAUUUCAUAGCAUCAGUGGUGGUACUAUUUAACUAUGAGGAGAGAACUCAGCGACACUACUUGGGUCAUACAGACUGCGUUAAAUGUCUUGCAGUUCAUCCAGACAAAAUUAGAAUUGCAACAGGACAGUUAGCUGGAGUGGAUAAAGAUGGAAGGCCUCUGCAGCCCCAUGUUAGAGUAUGGGACUCGGUGAGCCUCGUGACGCUGCAGGUUAUCGGCCUCGGGACUUUUGAACGUGGAGUGGGGUGUUUGGAUUUUUCAAAAGCGGAUUCUGGUACUCAUUUGUGUGUAAUUGAUGACUCUAAUGAGCAUAUGCUCACUGUGUGGGAUUGGCAGAGGAAAUCAAAAAUAGCAGAAAUAAAGACUACAAAUGAACUUGUUCUUGCUGUAGAAUUCCAUCCAACUGAUGCAAAUACCAUAAUAACAUGUGGCAAAUCUCAUAUAUUUUUCUGGACCUGGAGUGGCAAUUCAUUAUCAAGGAAGCAAGGGAUAUUUGGGAAAUAUGAAAAACCCAAAUUUGUUCAGUGUUUGGCUUUCUUGGGAAAUGGUGAUGUGCUCACUGGAGACUCAGGUGGGAUAAUACUUAUAUGGGGCAAAACUACUGUAGAACCUACUCCAGGAAAAGGACCUAAAGGAGUAUAUCAGAUAAGCAGGCAAAUCAAAGCUCACGAUGGCAGUGUGUUCACACUCUGUCAAAUGAGGAAUGGGAUGCUGCUAACUGGAGGUGGGAAAGACCGAAAGAUCAUCUUGUGGGAUCAUGAUUUGAAUCCCGAAAGGGAAAUUGAGGUUCCUGAUCAGUAUGGAACAAUCAGAGCAGUAGCGGAAGGAAAAGCAGAUCAAUUUUUAGUGGGUACUUCACGAAACUUUGUUUUGCGGGGAACAUUUAACGAUGGUUUCCUAGUAGAGGUACAGGGACAUACAGAUGAACUCUGGGGACUGGCAUCCCAUCCUUUCAAAGACUUAUUUUUAACAUGUGCCCAAGAUAGGCAAGUUUGUAUGUGGAACUCUGUGGACCACACGCUGGAAUGGACCAGACUGCUAGAUGAACCGGGGCACUGUGCUGACUUCCAUCCCAGUGGAGCAGUGGUCGCGAUAGGAACGCACUCGGGCAGGUGGUUUGUUUUGGAUGCGGAAACGAGGGAUCUGGUUUCAAUACACACUGAUGGCAACGAACAGCUCUCAGUGAUGCGCUACUCAGUAGAUGGCACCUUACUUGCAGUUGGAUCCCACGACAACUUUAUUUACCUCUACGUAGUAACAGAAAAUGGAAGAAAGUAUAGCAGAUAUGGAAAAUGCACUUUAUGUAACAUCCUGGCCUUAAGUUCAGCUGUCUCUUUAGGUACAGAGAAGGAAAGAGUAAAACAUUGCCCUAUCAGCGGGCAGUUACCAAAGAAAGAUUUUAAUAGAAAAUGGGAUCGUCCUAUUGAAAAUAUUACGACAAUGUUAUGUUCCAGCUCAUCAUUCGGUGAUCGCUUGCCUGAAGGGAUUUUGCAGCACGGAGCCCCGUGGCCUAUUGCUUUGUUCCCUCCCCCACUGCCCCCAGGAAUUUUAACAGCUGCCAAAUGUCUGGCAGGAUUUAUCUCUCACAGAGGACCUGGGGACGAGGAGACAGACACGGGUGUAUUUCUACAUGUAAUUCUGGAAGCCAUCGGGCAUCUCUUAGAGUUCUCUCUAGAGGAAGCUGGCGUGGUGGGUGGCGCGGCAGCCAGUGCAGUGCUCCAGCGCGGCCCUGGCACG